CAGGUGAUGCUUGCGAGAAAAAAUAAAAUUGCUUGGAUGCAGGCCGGUGCCAACGGUGUCAGGACUGGGAGGCUUGAUGCAGCAAUGGCUGAGCAUCGCGCACCCCGAACAAAGGUCCCGCGCUGCGAAAGACAGCAGCAAUUGCCCUGACCGACUUCUCCGUCAGAUCUCCUGCAGGACAAGCAUGAGCAGCUGAGGUGAGUCUGACAUGGGUUCGUCAACUAAGAAAUCAGAUGCCGAGCGGCUUUGACAUGACUCUGAAUUCGAGUCAUGGCUGCGCAGCUGUGUAUGUACUUGGCUAUCUAUGUGUGCUGGGGCCUCCCAGCGAGAUAGAUACAAUCCCGAAAUACCCGACUUGACUCACUAUCCGACACAUUUCGAAUGACUUGCAUCGACUCUCCCGCAGUUGUCUCGCCUGCCACCACUCCAUGUCUCGCCUGUUCGCCGCCACGCAGCGUUAUCCAGCGUGCCGUAAUCCCUAAGCAAAUAGUCUGGGCAGAGGUCCUGCGGAGCUAUGCAAGCCCGCCAAACCCACCAGCGGAGCAGGGCCCCGCUUUGCGUGCCCGCCAGCCGUCCACAGAGAACAGAGCAUCGAUCGCCUCCACCGGCCGCGCAGCCGCGCAUCAGCUUCAGUGGAGGAGUUGGUCGCACUGUGAACUUGGGACUGUGGGCGGCUUCUGCGAGAAGCGGGAGGGCCGUGUCAUGCAACUGGAGGUCGUCUCGGGCCUUCCAGAAACCACCACAUCAACGCCCCCAAGAACAGGACUCAGCGGCUCGCUCGUGUUCAAAGACUCGCCCCUCCAUCGGAUCUCGAUGCGCCAAUCUGACCCAGGGCUCGAUCCGCCAGCCCGGCCUCAAGAACUAGAAGGAUUAAGGCACCUGGGGUUGUUUGAAGCGAGGGAAACCGCGGCAAACCCGACGAGGCGGCACGGUAUCAAACUCGCCGAGCAUCAACCCUCACUGUUGGGGGAACGCCGAUGCACAUCGAGAAUCAGCAUCGCAAUACCUCCCGCCUCCCCCACCUCGGUCAACUCUAAAUGCCCCCUCCGUCAGAGCCGACUGCGUUCGUCCUCCCUCCCAAGCUCGACGAGGACAAGUGUCGCGGGCUCUUGGUCGCGGACCCUCUCAGCGCCUGCUCUAGUUGCCUCGGUCGCGGCGCACUGUACGGCGGCUUUAACCUCGCCCAGCCCACCCUCACUUCGCCCCAAAAGACAUCUUAUCAUCUUCUCCAGCAGCUCCUCUCUGCAGCUCCAUCUUCCCUCCUCCCAACAUAAACCGUCGUCUUCUGGACGCCCUUCUCUCGUCACUGCCCUCACAACCUCCCAUCUCCGAUCUCGCGACCACCGCAAGGCGUACGGCGACGCCUUCGACGGCCUUCCAUCUCGAAGCUUGCCGCUAUCGACCCCCGCCGUCCCGGACCCGGCCUGCCUACCUGCUCCUGAGCCGCCGUGGUAGCCCACCUCCAGCUGUCGCCGCCAUGACGGGCACGGAGAGU